AUGUUCGUUGAAGCAAAUCUAGUUGCUUGUCUUUCCACCUUGCCCUGUGGUGCAACAACUAAGAACAAGAACAAAGCUAAAACAAAAAUGGACACUCAAAAGGUGCAGAUAAAUCAGUGUGAUAUGAAAACAGAUUUGAACUUACUGCUUGAAUGCCUUAAAUAUCAGAUGGACUGCCCUCUGUCUCAGAAGGAGGCCUUGAUCACUAUCUAUUCCAUUUGCCAACAAAACAGCGAAGCGAGCGAAUACUUUCGAGAAAUUGGUGGUUUGAUGUUUAUAAAUGACCUUGCCAAGGCGAGUGCUCAUGGCAUCGUAAAGGAAGCAGCUUUGUUUACACUGGGGAUUAUUAUAGAGAGUAAUGUGUAUUGUCAACAGACUUUGUGUACUUCUGCAUUGUUUGAAGACCUCAUUUUAUUUUUAAUUAAAAAGGAUUCUGGUGUGAACUUGAAAAGAAUGUCUGUUUAUGUCAUCUUAGUACUGGUUUCAAAUAAUAAAACUGGGCAAACCUAUGUCAGAGAUACAGGCUGCAUCAGCCUGCUGCUGCAGUUAUUCAGAACAACUCUCUCCACCUCUGAGAAGAAUGUGUCAGAUAAAAACACUGAUCCCUGCUUUCAGCUCUGGUCCUCAGUGUGCAGCACUCUGUGUGCCUGUGUCAACAACCCCCAGAACGAAGAUAAUCAAAACAUUUGCUGUUCGGUUUUUCCCUAUGCCAAAGAGUGGCUCGAGAGUUGCACAGAGCCUGAGAUAGUUCGUCCCAUUUGUUCAUUUCUUGGUCUCACAGUUGCAAAUAACUCAUAUGUGCAGAAAUAUUUUGUUUCUAUUGGAGGAUUGGAUACAUUAGCCAAAGUUCUCCUUGAGCUUAUGCAUGAUUCCUGUUUGAGUCACUCCAGCAUGAAACUUGCAGUGGUAGUAACAAAGACUCUGGAUGCCUGCAUUGCUAAUAACUCUGCCAUGAGUGUUGUCUUGGCACAGUAUCACACUGUGUCAGAGCUGCUGAAGCUGCUGUCCAAUGAGACACUGAGCACAGGAGAAAAAAUCAGUAUUAUUCUAACAAUUGGGCACUGUACUGAAGUUUGUGAAGAAAACCAGUGUGAGCUGCUUCAGAACAAUGGUCUGCCACUUAUGAUUCAGGUAUUGACAGAAUCUCAGGACGAGGAACUCAUCAGAGCUGCUACUUUUGUGCUGCAGAACUGCAAACAAAUGACUGAACAGUUGUCUCUGAAAUUAUAUGAUAACUCAUUAAAUGUGAACAAUGCAGAAGAAUUGGAUGUGCAGGUCAGAAAAAGAUGUCUGCAAGACUACUGGAAGAAAGCAAAAGAAAUUUUACACAGAAUAAACUCGAUUGAAAAACAUCAUGAUGAGGAAAGAGUGCAAGGAGAAACAUUUGUAGAUGAAUCUUCAGUAGCCAAUUCUGAAGCAUUAACAUCCCAUGAAGUGAAUCCUCUUGAUCCAAAGAAGUACACAGAAGGAACACAGAAAGAUGUCUGUUGUCCACAGUUGACCUCAAAGUUGAACAAUCAGGUUCUUGCUUCAUCUGUAACUUCUGCUCCACAAAAAGACGAAACGGUGAACACUACGGAUGCUGCUCCUGCCAGACAAACUGAACAGAGGAACAUUCCGUGUUCAGUCACUGAGCUGCAAACAGACAGUGUACCUCAAAGUCACAAUAUAGAUGGAAAAACUGCUUUUGGAAAAAAUCAGUCUGGUCUUCAGGCAGGUGAACAGUUAUUUAAACAACCAGCAGAGACUGUUAGAAAUACGAAACCGACAUGUGUAUCAGAUUCAUUCUGCUCAGAGAAAACUGAGAGAGUGAAAAGUACUUCAGCUACACCUUCAUCCCAUAAAAUGGCAGAUUUAAGAUGUUUAGGUUGCACAGCAGGAGGACUAUCCUUGAACAGUAAAACCUUCACCAAGAUGUUGCAGAGUUGCCUGCACAGGUGUGAGCACCACAGAGUCAUCCUGGAGGCUGAAGAAAGACACCGAGGGGAGCUCCGCAGGGUGGCUGCUGGUAACAACAGCAGACCUGCAACUCACCAGAAAAUGCUGCUGACCCCAGUGAAGAAAGACAGGCUACAUAAAGAAAUACCAACUUUUAGGAGCAAGAAGGAUAGUUUCCAAAGCAUUCUUUUGACUCCAAAUAGAAAAGACAAAUCUAAUACUUCAAAGAGAGAUGAACAUAGCAGAAAUGUUAGGUGGACUAGCAACUAUAACUUGACACCUGCAUAUGAAAAGUCUUUACAAAAAAACCAAGAUGCUAACCUGAAGAGACAGAGAAUCAAAGAGAUGUGCAGCCAGAAAUGUCAGCACUUAAAAGAAAAUUGCAUACAUUCACUUGACAAAGAUGAGAGUAAUGAAAUGUGUUCCCUGGCCAUGAGCAUGAGACCUUUGAACAAGAGAAGAGUCCGAAAAGAUUUCACAACUGAAGAAAUCAACUGCCUUUUGAAAGGCGUUGAGAAAAUGGGCAACCACUGGAAUUUGAUUUUGUGGUCUUACCCUUUCCAGAAAGGACGGACAAGCGUUGAUCUUUCCAAGAAGUACUACAGGUUACAGGUGCAGAAGAAAAAAGCUCACAAAGGACAUCAAUAACAUCAUCUGCGAGUGCUUUGGAUUUUGUUGCAGAAUGUUCAAGAACAGCCUUUGUAAUAUUGAGGUAUUGCCAGAACAACUUGAGCCCUUGGAGAAUUUAGGUUGGUUUGGACUCCUGUUUUUCAGUGACAACUGACAGAAUUGUUAUGCAUUAUAAUUUAAAUUUACCAUAACUUGACAAUUUAUUUAAGUAAUGCUAUCAUAGGCAACAGAAUCUCUAUCAGUAAAAAUAAUUUGGAACUUAAUUUAACUUUCUUGAGCGUUUGAUCUAUGCAACUUUUGAGUUAGCUUUUUGUGGCUUGCUCUAUACCAUUUGUAAGAAAAGGAUACCAUUUGUAAGAAAAGGAUGUAUUGCUAAAAUGAAUACUUUAUGUCUGAAACUGCUGUUAAUGUUGUUGUGUCUGAAUAUGUCUUCUCUUAAUUAAAUGUUUAAAGCAGGUAGAAUAUUUUGUCAUGUGUUGAAUACGCUGCAUGUGCAGAAAAAUGUCUCUGUGACAGAAAACACUGAAUGUGUGGUUAAACACUGCUGCACAGAGGAGGCAAAUCUUUCACUGCUACAGAAAUUCUGUACUCACUGUUGAACUGAGCAGGUACUGGUAGAAUUUGGCUUCUGUUUAUAGUUGGACAGUUUUCUGGUGUAUUUUUCAAAUAAGUGAGCAGAACCAGCAUUUCUGCUAAUUACACAUUUUUUAUAGGAAGCUUUACUGAAAGCCCUGGUAACUUGCUUUUUCAGUGAUAGCCUUAGUAUUUCAGUUGCAUUUUUUUACUUGUUCUGAUAAAGGAAUGAUGAAUCAAUAGUUAAUUUAUUGUGGAAAAGGUUUCGUUAUUGUAUUAGCACUAGGUUUUCACCAUGAAGUGGCUUGAAUGCUUGA